GUCUAUUGAAUUGCAACUUCAAUCUUUCCAUCUUCGUUCCCCACGAUUUAUAUCACACGUACUCUUUGGCUAGACAUCUAAACGUCUAGCACUCUUACUACCGAGCACGCACUUGCCGAACAACGACCAGUAUUACCAGCAUCAUCCAUCCUCAUCGUUUAUUACGCUUUUUGUAUUCAUUUCCUCCCUUUCCCAUACCAACAACGGCAUAUUUCCAAGAUUAUCUAGGAAGAAAGUUGCGAAUCCGUUACUUCUUCUCCGUCCUCCUCCCUCCCCCCUUGAUUGGCCAUUUAGGCAUGGGACAAUACACAUCGUUGGCGGUACCACACAACGAUCGUACGGGAAUUAUUGAGGCACAGGACAGAACAGGACAGGACAGGACAGGACAGUAGUAACCUUGCAAUCACUGCACACUGUACACUGCACACUGCACACUGCACACUGCACACUAUACAUAUCAUAGUUCAGCAAACGAUCGUACAAGAGGAUUCUACUCGAGGACUUGGAAAUACCACCUCGAAAAUCCCAUUUUGGGAUACCACCUAGCAGAAGUGGGGGAUGAGAAGCAAAGUACCGCAGCCAAAAAUACAAAACAAGCUCUCCAUUUCUACCCGGGCAUACACAUAUCCAUACCAUCCAUCCACACGCAUAUACAAUCAAUCCAAUACCAUAUCUUCGACUCGACCCAGUAUUUCUUUCAAAACAGAACUUUCUGAAACUUCUUCCAGCUGUUCCGGAGCUUAGGGCCCUUGGAAAUAUGGAUUCGUGAGAUCUCAUUGGAUUUCGAAAAUUUGGGAACUGUCGAUCAUUUUCUUCCCCAAGGCCUUCGACCUAUGCUUGCAAGAAUCAGGGUCGUUGUUUGCUAAAUUCACUCUAUCUUUCACCCAUUCCAUUCCAUCUCAUCUCGUCUCGUCUCGUCUCGUCCCCAGCGCUCUGUCCUUUUGAGCUCUGGUGGGUCUACAAGGUAUUCUAUUAUAGAACACAAACCUCCAUGCCUCCAUGCCUCUCCUGCCUGCCCCGUAGAACUUUUUAUAAGCACAUCGCAGCCAAAUCCACAGCUAAAUGUACAACUGACAAGCACACAUCCAACUCACCACUUCUCAGUCAUCGUCACCAUCGUCAUCAUUCUCUGCUAUUUGCUCCCGUUGACUGUCAUUCUCCACCAUCUACCACCAAUUGCCAACAUUGGCCACCCCUUCACCACCACCGCAGCCCACAGCCCACCACCACCACCAACCACGGGACCGGCCAUUGACACUUAGCUCAACCCUUGAACCCUAUCAAAUUUACGAAUUCGAACCCCAGAGCCGAGAGUGCAUCACUGGCAUUGUCAUUCACCACGGGCGUUACCCGUUCGUUGCCUGUACGCCCUAACUGAAAAGAAAAAAAAAAGCUACCACAGACAGUUACGGCGAAGCACGACAGGGGCCAUAAAAAAAAGUCAAAAUAGCUUGCUUUACCGCCGCCAGGUAACUAACUAGUCAGAACAAGCUCGAGCCCAUAAGUAAUUCAAUCAUAGUUUGGACACUACUACCACCCGUACCACUAUUUCACGCGGCUCCUGUUUAGAACACUUAGAUCAACAUCAUUCGAGAACCAUUUUGGUACUUCCAUGAGACGCAGUCAUAUAUCAGAUUACUCGGGUUGAAUACCAGAGUCAGCCAGCAGACAGGGAGCUCUGGAAACAGGACGCAGGCAAUAUACUCCAGUAAUAUAGUGGCUGCAUGGCAAUAUAAACCGUUCGAAAUUCCCUCAGCAUUUCCAAUCGUCCUGCACGUCCUGCCGAAGAAUUCGACAUCGACAUUUGAGGGUCGCAUAGAAAAGCUUCCUCUAUGCUACAAAGUUGGCAGAAUAAGCAAAGGCUGUUCGCGACAAUACAUUCUUGAACCGGAGUUUACUUGAUGGUUGUUGCAAUGGCCAUGGCUAACAAUGGAUCACUUUCUCCCGCCCCUCCUGCGGCCUUCCAAGAGCCCCCACCCGAUUACACUGAAAAUGGACGCCUAUAUCAUGGACUACAUAAGGGAAAAUAUAUGUUUCCCUGCGACGAGGAUGAGAAAGACCGGAUGGACAUAUUUCACAAAUUUUUCGAAGUCGCAAUGGGAGGCGUAUUACACUCCAGGAAUACCACGUUCACGAAUAAUUAUGACGGGCCACGCAUUCUGGACUUAGGGACAGGUACCGGAAUAUGGGCAAUUGAUAUGGCCGACAAAUAUGGUUCAGAUAUGGGUACAGGUGAAGUUCUCGGGCUUGACCUAGCUAGAAUACAACCUCCAACUAUCCCCGAAAAUUUACAGUUUCUACAAAGAGACAUAGAAUCCCCUUGGUGGGGACUCGAAGUUGAGUCGUGGGAUAUGGUUCAUAUACGGAUGCUUUCUGGGAGCAUUAACAGCUGGCCUGCAUUAUACCAAAAGGUCCGCAGGUAUCUCAAGCCUCAAGUAGGCCGUUUCGAGCAGGUGGAGAUUGAUUUCACUCCCCGCUCAGACUUUGGGGACAUCCCAGCAGACUCGGCGCUGGCUACGUGGGCGCGGAACCUAUUCGAGGCCACCCGGCGCAAUUUCCGACCUCUAGCUUAUAAUACCGAGAUUCGAGCGAUGCUUCAGAAGGAAGAGUUUCUCGAUAUCCAAGAAGAAGUGAUACGAAUUCCCCUCAAUCCAUGGCCCGAUGAUCCACAAGAAAAGGACGUUGCAAGAUGGUACAAUCUGGCCCUCACCCAAGGACUAGAAGCAAUGACGCUUGGACCUAUGCACAGAAUAUAUGGGUGGACAAAAGAUGAUGUCACAAGGCUGAUUACAGAAGUGAGGAGAGAUAUUUGCAAUAGGAAAAUCCGCGCGUAUAAUAAUUUGCAUGUAUGGACUGCACGCGCACCGGUCAAACCCCCUUCAUAGACGUCUUGGAGGUUUCAAGAGGUUGGAAAUUACAAACGAAGGCCGAUUGGUCAAUGUGGUUUGGAUCAGCAAACUUUAAGUUUUUUCGGAUAUUGCGAUCAAUUUCAACCAGGGUUUAUGUGCAGCUUUUCAUACCGGACCUUGCGUUUCGACCUGGCGCGCUUUUGAGACUAGGACGGAUGAUGAAUGAAUUUUAUGGGAUGGAUCUUUAUGCGCAUUAUUGUUGGAUGCGCGCGCAUAUUAUAUGCACCUUAAGCGCCUGCAAGAAUACGGAUCGUCAUUGAAAGUUGUUGGGGAUUUAAUGCACCCAUGGCCGAUUGACCGAAAAUACUAGGUACAUCCGCGACGGAUGAUAUGAGAGGCCGGCGAAGUUUGGGUGGCAAUUUGUACCCCAGUUCUCAUAGGAUGUUGAAGGGAGGGGACGGACCGAAGCGUAUACGAAGUGUGGCGGGCAUUAUCACGGAUUGGCCCGAGUACAAACACAGCAGACUGUUGCUCCCAAGAUUUCGGGUCAAGCUUGCCUAAAGCGUAGUGGGAAUGGGUUACACGAAGCCUUGGUAAAAUUGAGAGGCGCAGCACGACAUGAACCCGACAAUUCUUGGACUGCAUGCUACAGAAUUUGGUAAUUUAAAAUACCAAAUUUACUGUAGUUUCUGACGUGUCGGUUGUAUGGUGGAAAAUGAGGAAAAUAAUGUGCUGGCCGUUGCACAACUCAUGAAGGUUACAUUUUCUAAUUUCAACGGAUGAGAAAGAACAAUUGAUUGGCCAAUUUUGUCUCAUCAUUAAAGAUCUGAGAUACGGUAGCGAGAGCCAACAAUGAGAGCGCAGCCGACGCACGGAACAUCAAUUAAAUGUGCCAUACACAUACACAUACACACGCUUGCUUACUUCCUAUUCUCACACUUCUUCCCCAGCAUUUUCUUUUUUAAAAAAACAAGGUCCAAAUUUCCGUAUUUAUUAAGAUUGAAAAGUUUAGAGGGAUUGGAUGAACUUCUCAGUCGGUGGACACUGGAUACACGGUUAGAAGUAGACGAUUAGCACCCACUCACUCUACUUUUGGAUUCGUCUGCAACUUUUUAACGAUUAUACCCCCAAUGCAUUUUCUGUUUUUAUUUUCUCCUUCCAUUUGGAUGGGUUGAUUCAUUUGUUGGUUUUUUUAUCCCGUGGGUUUUGUUUAAAUUUUCUUCAUUUAUCAGCAUAAGCAUUGCAUACCGAUUUUCAUUUAUUUUGGAUGAUAUCCCUCUUGCAGUUUUUCCCCCCCAUUUUUUGUUGAAGAUGAUUUGGAAUUCCAACAGCAUAUACCUACCGCACGUGCAUGCAUGCAUAGAAUCUGGCCUGGCCUGAAUUGGAUCGGUAUUUGAUUUGAUUUGAAAAGAUUGAUGCAUGGAAGGCAGUAAUGGACGAAUGGAUGAAUGAAAGUACGGAUUUAUACAUCCAAUGGGAAAAACAUCCGAUAAAUGAACUGCACUGGAGGAAAUUACUGCAUACCUAUCUAUCUAUAUCUGCUUACCUAUACCUACCUACUCAACACUGUAAAUAUAUAUACCUACCUACCUACCUACCUAUCUAUUAUACCCA